GUGAUGAGAGAACACGCACUGACUCGGCCUGGGAAAACACAUACGAGCCGUGGAUAACCAGGAUAACCGCCGACAUGGCUGGUAUAAGGCGAGUUAACGGGAAAAUAUCCGGAGUCAACCCAGCUGUCAGUUGUUGUCGGCUGCGUCAAGUUCAGGCUCUGCUGUGGGAAGGGGGCACUAUGACUCCUGAUGGCAUCCUGUGCUCUCUUGGAAUUGACAGCCGAUAUAAUGAAGGGUGCUCUGAGCUGGCUAAAUACUUGUUCUAUGGACUAUAUGGGCGAGAUCAAGGGAACCUGGAACAUGCACUCGAGGAAUUUCCUGAAGAAAUGAUGGAUGACGUGGUCCUCCUGAUAAAGGCAGAGUGUGUUCAUCUGUACUGUAACCCCCUGAACUACAGUUACGUCUUGCCCUAUGUGUCACAUUGGAGGAACUUGCAUCUGUAUUGCAUGACAGAGGCAGAGUAUGAAGAUGAAGAAGCAGCAGAGGAAUUCAAAAUCUCCAGCUUCGUUUCAAUGGUGCAGGAUUGCCAUCGUAUUGGAGUACCUUACAGCUCCCAGGGGCACAUCCAGAAGUUCGAUGUGUUUAUGGUGGAGAAGUGGCCCUUGAUUCAAGCGUUCGCCCUGGAAGGUAUUGGUGGAGGAAGCUUUUUCACAAUGAAAUACAAGUUAAUGGAUAUGAGUGAAAAGCUGUGGCAAGUUUACAACCGACUUGACCCACUGUCCGUGGAUAACCUACUCACAGAGGAUUUGGUGAACUUUGAAAAGCAGUGGAGUUGCUUCUUUUCUCGCAUGGACCUGGAGAAUCAUCUCUCUAUUUUGGAGCUGUCUGAAGCACAGGCAGGAGAGGCAUUUCGUUCUUAUUACUCUCACGGACUGAUUUCAAGCAACAUUACAGACCAAAGUAAAAAGCGGGAGCCGUUGGUGUUAUUCGGGACACAUUCCUCUGCAGCAGAUUUGGAGAGCUACUCUUUCAACUUCCCGUCAGAGAGUCACCAGGUCCACAACACGGGGCGUCCAGAGUCUCCAGCCACGCAUAUGAUCUUACAGUGCGUGGCUCCCAAAGGACCUUUGGCCUGCUCUCGAACAUAUUUCUUUGGGACUACCCACACCCCAUAUCUAGGAAAUCAAACGACAGAACAAAAGAAAACAGAAGUCUUAGUUUUGUCACAGAUUUAUUCAGCUGCUGUUCAAGGAGUUCUUUCGGGAAUCAAAAGCUACUCCUUUACCUGCAGUUCCACCAAGGCUAAGGACGCAGCUGAAAAGACGUUUUUGAGGACACUGGACUCAGUGGGUCUACAUCACUACUGCAGACCUCUAAGGUCCAAAUGUAAAUUCAGCAUUCAAGCAGUGAAUAAGCAAGGAAUGAUAAUUCCUCUGAGUGAUGAAGACAAUCGCUACUUUGUAAAAAUAGCUUCCCUGAUCGUCCACGACAUCCCUGAUCUUGAGGGGAAAACGGGGAGCUUUGGCUCUGUAGUCUUCUCUGAAUCCUUUCUGGAGUCCAGCAUCAACAUCCAACAGAGAGAUGGCACGGUGUCCUCGGACAGCUGCUACACCAUCCUGACUGCAGCUGUGCCUCGCUACGCCUGCUGGCUGAUGGAGUCUGAUGUCAAGCAGUCUGAGCAAGCCAAACAUCUCGCUAUGAAAGAGGAAGGCAGUUUUCUGGGAAACGUUCUGAGCGUAGCGGAUGCUGCAUAUGUAUUCUCCAGCGGCCAGUUCUCCUCACCCGAGGAAGGAAAAAUCCUUUUCUUCUCCGAGGGACUGCUGUUCAUCCAUUCUCAUUACGGCUGCAUUACUCUGUCCAAGGAUCACAUCAAAAGCAUCAAUUUCUAUGAUCCGGACUCCAGCAGUGUGGCCUCUCUGUUUGUGGAGUAUGAGAUGAGCCUUCUUCCACACCUCCCAUUCCCGCUCCACAGCUCUGACCGGUGUCUGGCCUUUGCGCUUCAACCCAGAUCUAAGAGUCACAAGGCCUUCUAUUCCAAGGUUUUAUCGAUGUGCAAAACCUCCGAGUCAAAGCUGGGGCUGCAGCUGUUGGACCAGGAGCGCCUGUCCCCGAACCACAAAAAAAUGCACACGAGACUGCAGCAACUACAUGAGAGUCAAGAACCACCACUGGCCAAGCGCAGUCUUAAAACACCAUGCUCCCAGCUGGAAGAGCAGGAAAUGUUCCUUCAGCACUUUGCUCUCAGCAGCAUCAGUGUGGAACCGAUCCUGUACGACCACCUGGAGGUGCUCUUCCCCUCCGCAGAGCUCCGGGCCCCAGCUCCCCGUCAGGGAGACAAAAUUGUCAUCACCAUCAUCACGGGACUGCCAGGAAGUCAUAAGAAGAGACUUUGCAACUUUCUUGUUCAACUGCAUAAGGGCUUCGGAAGGUGGGUGGUGUAUGAGCCGGACAGCUUCUCAGCCUCACAUCUCCAGCAGUUUUUGUCCAGCUUCCUUGAGAGUCAGAGCGGCACAAAAAGCAUUCCCCGCCUGUUGAUUCUGUCACCCGGAUACACAGAUGUGGUGGACGUGGUCCAGACUGUCCUCUUCCAUCCCGACCCAGUUGUUCAGGCGUGUUUUGUCAUCGGUGCUGUCUCUGCCUGUGUGAACCCGCUCACUGCCUUUAUGGAGCACAGACUUGCUUUUCCAAAGUUCCUGGAGCAGUGCAGCCAAGGUAUUGUGAGUACGGUGGUGUUCACCGGGCUGACAGCAAAGGAGAAACACCCUCUCAUGCAGCAUGUUCAGCAGCUGGUACGCUCUGCCAACCCCACGGCUGCCUUCAUACUGGCGGAGAGAGGAGCUGUCACCAGACAUCAAGACGUGAGUCUGAUCUUGUCGGAGAGGAGUUUUGGCGAGCCGCUGAUGCUGAGAGCACGUUACGUUCUCUACCCUGGAUGGUGCAAAGGGCGCUUCUUCUCCGGUUGUGGGACUGUGGUGGUCACCCAGCAGCGCGUGGCUUUCAGCCGGCCCCUGGAGAGGCCUCUGUUUGUCAGCAACUGUAAAGGAAUCAAGCCGUCGCUAAAGCCAAGUCCCUUCAGAGGAAACAUCUACAACAUUUGGGGAAAAGUCUUAUUUUCCGACUCAGAGCAGCCGGUGGAGGUGUGCUACAGUGCACUGAGCGGGAGUCUGAGCAUCGUCCCAGACCAGGACACGGACCCUCGGACCACCCCCUCCAAAGAGACGAGCCCUCACAGCUUCCUGGUGUUUGAUGGCGUUGGCCUGGCCCAGGACGGACUCAAGGACUGGCUGAGACUGUGUGCCACACAGAGGCAGAAAAAAAAACCAAUGAAGACCAAAAAUAACUUGUCUCCAGAAGAAAUCAAGAGCAUACAUACGACCAGACACUUGGACUCAUUGCCACCAGGCUACUUCUACAACGGCUAUCACUACAUUGACAUCUUUGGAGAGAAAAGAAACAUCCAUCCAAACAUGGACCAGUUCAUGAACCAGUACGUUGCUGAGGCCAACAAACAGAUCGAGCAUUUCAACCGUCAGCUGGAGCUGCAGGAAAAGCCCGACUUGUUUGAUCCGUAAUAUCCGUGUGUGUGUUCCCUCCAUCUGUCUCGUUUUACUGUAGGUUGUUUGGGAACUACUGUGGGUGGGACGGGGAGGCCGCGGGGGUCGCACACUGAUCACUCCUCUGUAAAUGUCAAUGAUUAAUCACCCGGAGCUGCUAGCUGAGGACUGCUCCACUCAUCUAUUUGUUAUUUCAUCUGGUUUAGAUUUGAUGGCAUUCCAAGGAUAAGUAGACUUUUGACCAGUGUCAUCAUCUCCCAGAAGCCAGUUGUGUCCCGCCAUGACCGGCCAUCAUGGUGGAGAGUUGUGGUUUCUAAUGACGAGUCAAGUUAAGACUUGAGAGAGGACAUUCACCUACAUUGACUAAGUUUACAUGCAGUCAAAAGUUCGGGUUAAGGUCAAUUUUCCGGUUACUGAAACAUUCAGAAUAAUCUGUUUCCAUGCGUGAACAAACAGGGUUAUCCCUGUAUACAUGGUAAUUAAUCAUUUGGGAUAUCUGGAUCAAACCAGCAACGCACGGAGAACAUCAUGGCGCAAUUCCCGUCAUUUCCGCUUCUUCUUCCUGUAUCCAAAUCCAAAACAACAACAAUAACAGCAGCACGGUGGAGAAUCAACAGCCCAGUAGAAGUCGCCUUUUUCCGCGUCUUCCAGCGGUGCUUGAUCUGGUCUGGCGUUCGUACAAAUCCUGCUUCUUUUUUGCAACUUUUCGCUCACCUUCUUGUAAAUCCCGCUAUCCCGGUACUUUCUACCGUCUACAAAUGCAGAAAUGUUCAUAUCCUUCAUUACAUUUAUGAAGUGAUUAGUCUCCUCCUGGUCUUGUGUUUCUCCGUGUUUAUAAGAACUUCCUGGACUCAAAAGACCAAGAUUUUCUUGCGAAAAGAGCAUGCGCAGAAAACUAAUUCCUGUUCCUUUUGAUGGAGAUAUCCCGUUAGGCGUUUACAUGACCAAAUAUUCAGGUUUUAAAAGGAGGAACCCAGGGGUCAUUUUCAGGUUUUUAAAAACCAGAAUAUGAGCAAAUUCCGGUUAUUCAAAGGGGUUAUUGUUGUUUACAUGGCCGUGCAAAACAGGUUUAUUGCUAAUAUUCCGGUUAGAAAAGGGUUAUUGAUGCAUGUAAACGGAGUCAAUGAUGGAAAACUCAGAAGCUUAACAAAAGAAAGAUUUCCUCCUGAGAUCAGUGUGAUCCCAUCUCUGGGUCUGCAUGGUGGAGGCUUAACAAUCGAAGGAGGUUUCUGUUCACACACUUCCGCAGCUCGUGCUUUUCCGUGUACUACAGUUGGCAAAUUAAUGCCUCUAUUUCUGGGUAAGCAUGCGUGGCCGUGUGCUCCUGGUCGGCUCCCCCGUGGGGUUUUUCAAGAAGCGCUCCUCCUCUGUUGUCACCCAAUCCACGCUCCACCUGUCAGCUGGUUGGAAAGCUGCAUGGCAGCAGAGGGAGUGCUGGGUGAUGGAGCCGUAAACGUCCCACAGACACUCGGCUACACACUCCUGCUAAAUGAGGCCGCAUUUCACACAUCUGAGAGACAUUCCCGAAGUAUUUGUCCAACACUGCAAACUCAUUCUGUCCAAAGCUCGAAGGUUUUUGUCGCCGAAAAACAGUUGAAGUUGAAACCUUCAAUGUUGUUGCACUUGACCCCUUGAAUCUUAAUGCUGCUGCUAACAGCAACAUGUUGACAUGGGGGCUGCGCUGCCUGCAGCGCCUCAAUCAAAGUCCUGGUUCUGUUCCUUUUCAUGUCGUGUAACCUGUUGUCCAGGCGGGUUAGGCAACAGGGGACGGAACAUCGGAGAACCUGAUCUAAUAGAAGGUUUGCAUUGACGUCACUUCCCAACUUACGCCCCCUUACUCACACUGAGUGGCAGAAAUGGGUGCAACUAAUAGGGAAACUGUGGAAAAGACGGGAUAACAGCUGAUUAUCGGCUUAAAUUAGCAUCAGUUGGACUUGACAGUGACCCGUACAGUUACCCCAAGAACCAGUGGUCCAUGAACAUUAAUAUUUGACCACGAAUCCAGUUUCCUGAUAUUUAUAUGUACUUAAUUUCUACACCGGGGAAAUACACGAAGCAAAGCUUGAAGUCGUACAAAAGUCUUGACGCUUGGUCCGACUUCAAGGCAGGAUUUGUUGUAGAAAUUAAAGUGAUGAGGACACCAAACUUUAUGAUUUGACCGUUUAACGUUAGCUACCCAAAAAUCCAACAUUACCUGAUACUAAAUGGGAACCACAAAUCCAUGUUUCGGUGUCUGGAAUCCAGUUGUUUCUGUGAAUUGCAGUGAUCCAUUUGUCUCUCUUAAGCUUAUUUUUUGGCAGUCUGUAAAACGAUAACUCUAAAUCUAUGAGUACAGUUGAUCGCACAACAGCUCUUUCCCAUUUUAGAUGUUUUGAAGUGGCUCAAACUGAAAGUUUACGCUGCCACUCAGUCUUUCUGACACUCAGUCUUUCUGCCACUCAGUGGGCGUAACCCGCUGUGAAGUUGCAUCUGUGACGUAAUUCCCUCUAUAGUGUGGUUUGUUUGGGCACACGAGUCGGGUCACCAGGAAAAGGGUCAUCUAAGCAGUGAUGUCACCAAGACUCAGUCCUUUGUUCCAGUUGCUGUGUUUGCAUAUCACUGAUAUUGUUUGCUCGUCUUCUUCUUCCCAGGGGGGUUAGGACAUGUCUCUGAUAAGCAGUUAGUAAAUCCUCUGGAAACCCACGCAGCUGUUUGAGCGCUGCAUCAUUGUGUGAGUCACAUUUAAAUUAUAGACUCUUAUUAGUAAUCAAAGAAACAUUUCAAAAGAAAAACCAGAAACACAAGAGGAGAGCUGAGUUGUGAGUGUAGGAACCCUGCAGAGGCGUUAGCCGUGUUUGAGUCCUGAAGUACAGGCUGAACUUCUCCAACAGAGCUGAAUUUAAAAGCCUUGAUCAUUUUUAAUUUUUCAUGCCCCAUUUGUGGUAAACGUUUGGUGUAAAUCCGUCCUGGACCCUCCCUACGUUACAGAGCUUCUGCUGGAGGUCAGAAAGGACAAAUGGUGUUUCUCUGUACCAACAAACCCAGCUCUGCUCACCUUUGAGUCUUAGUAGAUGCUGAUGUUGCUGAUGUUGAUAUUUUCUUUAAAAUGAAAGUCAGGAGACUGAGUAAUGUUGUCACUCGCCCGUUGAACACAAUACGCUCUUUUCUUGCUAUUUGUCGUCCCCUAGAUGAGUCUUGUUAUAUAUUGUUCUAACCCUGACACUCAGCUCCAUCCCUUCUCCCUCUGGAGUCUACGGGACUCUGAUCUGAUCUAUUUCCUUCUUGUUUAGCUGCCGUCCUUGAGACUAUUCACGUAGUCUGGCACAAAACACGAAAGUGCGUCCAGAGUUACCACCUUCUCCAGAUAAAGAGACGUUCCAUUAGAGAAGAGUUGGUCAAGUUUCUCAGUCCACGAACGUUUCUCUGACUCUUUUAUUCUAAAAAAAAAAAAGUGCAAUUGUUGUGUGUGUUUUUCUAUAACCUACGUACGGUACCCUCCACCAGCUCUUUAAGGACCAAGCCGAGGAAACAAAGCUGCUAAACGCUCAGUCUCUCCUAGGUGGGGUUGUGUUGGGCUCAUAGCUCACAUCACAAAAGGCUUGAUGCAAUUAAAGGCCACUUGAUAAAAGUAUCACCUCUGCUUACAAAUGACCUGCACGACGAAAUACAAACAGAUUACAGAGGGCUUUUUAGAAGUGGGACAGGAUGACAUAGAAGCUUAAUCCUUUGGUGACAAAACCAUAACUCCUCUUUUCAUGGCUUCAGACAUGCACUCUCUCAGCCAUCUGUUUGGAGCAGUUGUCACGUCUCCGUGGUUACGUAACACCACAGUUACCUGAUUGACAGGGAGUGUCUAUGAGACUCCAGGGGCCAGAACUUUGGACCCUGCUGCAGGUCAAAGUGCACAAGUGAUACCCAAAACUGCCAAGAGAUUAAACGCUGGUCCUUAAAGAGAUGAGGGUUAUGUAACAUGUGUGUGAUAUUUAAAUGCAAUUACCUCUAACAAAUAUAUAGUUACUUAUCCACGAGUACUACACAAGUCUGUGUGCACUAUCCUGCAUGUGAUGGGACGUCGUAUCAUACCAUGUAUAUUCUGCUAAAAUUGCCUUUCACCAAACUGGUACACCAAAAAAGAGAACAAAUCUUCUAUUUUAGAAAGUCGAAUUACCUCAAAGCAACAAAUAGUAUUUUUGUAAAACUGUGAAUUGAGUAUUUGCAAAAAAACAAAAAUGGCACAAGCUUCAACGAGCAAAAGCAGAUGCAAUUUUUUACGACACGAGUAAAUAAGUAAAUGAGAACCUGACGGGUUAUGAGACGUCGGUGUUCUCUGAUCCAGCGGUGCCUUGGCCACGGCUGGGACCUGCAGACGUUUGGGCUGCACCCGGAGCUCCGUCCCUGGGCUCAACAGUGUUGGUGAAAGGAAUACAUGGAGUUGUUCUUAAAGCAGCGUGUUUUCAGGACGCGGGGGGGCGAAGGAGCGCGGUCACGCAGGGAGGCUGCUGGCAGGCUCGGAGAAUUCAAGGUUUCUUUCAAACCAACAUGUUUGGAAAAGGGACGGGCCCAACACUCUGAUGCUGAAGCUUCAUUCCUAUUAUUAUUCCUAUUCCUAUUAGGAUGCAACUUCCUCGGUGGCCUGUUUUUUGUUAAUGACUCAAAUAACAGAGGAAGUGAACUUUAGCCCUUUAGUUCAUAAGGAGAAAGUCAACACGUUAAUGAAUAUGAUGGCCUACGGAAGAGUAUUGGGGCCAGGCAGGAGAAAAAUAAAAAUAAUACUUUAGAGGAGGAAGAUUUUUUUUUUUCAUUAUGCACUUUCGAGAAAAAAGUCGAAAUAUCGAGAAAAAAGUUGAAAUGUCGAGAUUAAUGUUAAAGUACAAUUUCGAGAAAAAAGUCAAAAUUUUGUGAAUAAAGUUGAAAUGUUGAGAAAAAAGGCAAAAUUUCGAGAAAGAAGUCAACCUUUUGAGACUAUAACAAACACGCAUGUCUUUGCCUGUCUUUACAAAAUGCCUCGUAGGCCGAUAGAUGAACUGGUGAAACUGGACUUCAGAAUCAUAUGCUUUAGUGUUGACUACUUGAAUUAUGUUAGGUUGUUAACAACAAGGUUCAGAAUACAACAAUUGGCUUUACGAUAUUGAUUUGAAACACAUAUCCCACAUAUGCAGUUGCAUAACUUCAGAAACGUCCCCUUAACGUUCCACUCCAAGGAUGUAAGUUAGUUAGUUAGUUACGGCUGCUGCUGCAGAGCUGUCAGUCGCUCUAACUGGAUGUGAUGGGCAGAGGAGACAUUUCUACUUUUUUCACCAAAUUGUAUCAACUUUAUUCUCGAAAUUUCGAAUUUAUUCACAAAAUUUUGACUUUAUUCUUGAAAAUGUAUUUCAACAUUGUUCUCGACAAUUUCGACUUUUUUUUCGAAGUGCACAAUAAAAAACAGUCUUCCCCUCUCAAAUAUCUUUUCUCCUGCCUGGCCCUGAUACUCCUCCGUGGCCGGCCCUGCAGCCCUUCGGGGGGUAUACAGUUGGGCAUCAGAGUGCACCCACCCUGCACUAAAGUAGAGGUCCCUGUGUUUGUCCCCGGGGACCCCACAGAGCCGUCCACCAGCCCCCAGAGCGACGGCUGCUCGUCCUCCGGCACAUUGAGCACCCUGCUCUUUCCAUCCCGUAUGUGGAGGUUUAGCCGUCCGCUGGCUGACGUUAUAGGACAAAAACAAAGUUUGGUUUCAAUUGGUUCUUUGUAACGGAGCGGUUGUGCCGUUCUCUGUAAAACUGCGGCAGGAUUUUUGGGUUUGUGUGCUUUUGAAGGCGACUUUCAGCGGUCACAUCCGUCAGCAGAGUGGAAACGCACUUCUUGAAGAAGAGGAUGUUUUUGUGCUAUUUCUUUUUCUCGCUGAUUGGAAUACGGCGGCUUGAAAAUUAAUUUUGAACUGACCGAAUCCUUCAGUGGCCUCAGGGGGCUGUUAAUGCUAAUUGUUUGGGUUGUUCUGUCCCGCCGAGGCUGACGCAGCUUCACCGCCGUCUACACAGAACGCUUGAAGACUCGGCUCAGCUGUGAUGAUUAUUAACAUCCCUGAGAUUACAUAUUUGCCCCCUCAAACCGGAGCAUUACUGAAGUAGAUGGAGGUGAAAUUGUGGUUAAUGUAAGCACUUGGUAUGCGGCCACCUUCCAAAAGACGAUGUGCUAAAAAGAGGCUGUAAUCAGGCUUAGGAAGAGCUACCAUUCAAUUUGGAAGGUGUUUGAUGUCACGAUGGCAGAAUCAGGUCUGUGAAGCGUACAAAGGGCUCAUUCCUGCCUGCUACCUGCAGGCUGUCUAAAGUUAGGGGAAUAAAAAUAACUUUCUAUCAUCUCUGUUUUGAAGAGAAGCAAAAAAGGAAGUAACUUCAGAAGUGCCGAGUCGAUUUCCACAUUUCAUUUUGAUGGUGUUCACAAAGACGGGCUAAACUACGCUGCGUUUGCACAAAACUACUGUAACUUGUGUUUUUAUCCUGUGACUGAUGCUUUUACAAAACUAAUUGUUGUAUUUAUUGCACCGUGUAAUAAAUAAAAUAUUUCU